AUGCCCAUAACUAGAAAGAAAGUAUUUCUCGACUCAAAAAUAGUUUCAAAUAGGAGAGUAAAUGAAACUAUUAAACUAAAUGCCAAGUUAGAUGCAUAACAAAUCCUUGCCUCCUCUUCAAAAUAUAUUUUAAAAAGAAUGCUCACAGCUAAUUUGAGGCUUGCAUAAAUUACCCAAAGUAUGUUUGAAAGUGUUUUUGAUGAGAUAAAAGAAAAACUAAUAAUCAAAAUAUACUGA